UCAAAAACAAAUAACUGUGUAUUGUAUCCAAGUAACGAACUGGCCCACGAACCUGUGUAGUGUUAUUCCGUUAGAAUCAUUGAUAAUUUGUCACGUAUGACUAGCACAUAGAAUAUGUUACUGACGGUGACUUGGGUCGUCUUAUCUUAUCGACUGUUUAUAUUAUAAGGAGAAAAAACGUUUUUAUCAAACGUAAAGUGAAUUCUUCAUCUUGUGUCGUUUUAAUCAGACUCAAUGACAAAAUAACUACACGUACUUUUUCAACAGCGUGUGUUUUAGUAUUAAAGUGAAUAACAGGACAUGUUAGAAGGAAAGAAUAUGACAGAAUUAUUUUUAUCUUUCCGUUUUUUUUUACUUCUUUCUUCCUCGCUGAUUGUGCACGUGCAUCAUCAAACAGGAAGUUUAGUAAUAUUACGUAGUUCUGAUAAACGUUACCUUGUUUUUAAACAACGUUUGUUACAUUUACCGACAACAAGUUUGAAUGAAACAACAGUCUGAUCUUCAGAAGAUCCCAUUUCUGUCUAACAAUGUUUCUCGUCUGGUUUCUCGUUCUUCCGUUUGUUUGUUUAUCUAGUGUCAAGGUGAAAGUUUCUGAAAACCAGUGCCCUCAGCUGAAGAACUGUACAUGUCAGUACCAAGGUCAGUUUUUAACUGUUAAUUGUACUGGCAUAUCUGACACGUCACAGUUGACUAGUGUGCUACACGAAGACCUGAAAAAACAAACGUUUAACGAUGUUUACAUCAACUGGUCUAAUAUAUCUCACAUUCCCACAUCUCUUUUCGCCAACCUGACAAUACAGAAGAUUAUAUUGCAACAUGUGGAUGUGAAGACCAUUGAUCCAGACGCUUUUGAAACCGUUCAAUAUCUUUUAGAAUUUAAAUUAAACUAUGUUAAAAUAGAAUCCAUACCCAGAGCAAUUUCUAACGUAGGAAUGAGACUUCGACGGCUGUGGAUGGAACAUGGAGAAAUCAAGGAGAUCAAAUCUGAGUUUCAAAACUUUAUAAUCUUAGAGAAAUUAUAUUUAAAAGCAAACAAAAUCGCAUCUAUUCAUAAAAAUGCGUUUGAUUCCCUUACGAAACUGCAUAUUCUCGAUCUUUCCGAAAACCUGAUCAAGUUUCUGGACCCAGAAAUGCAUCAACUAAAAGAGUUGUUUCUGGGAAACAGUUCUUUGAUGUAUGGUGACGGAUUGUUGGAUAACAUGGUCAACAUUGAGGUAAGUUGA